GUGGCAUUAGUGCCAGGUACAGUUGUGCAGCUGCAAGUUCCGCCGAUUACCAUACCCUCCGGAACUCAGUUAGCUUGUAAGAGUCGAACAGGGCGGAGGGCAACGGUUUUUUGGCCAUCUAAGCCAAAAAUCAACACGCUUGCUCCGUGUCCAACGAACCGGACUCCGUUAAUCGGGAAUCGGAGGAGGAGGUGGAGGAGUGGGAGAAGAAGUCAUGCCUAUCCACUGGGACUGGGACUGGGAGCAUGAUCACGAACAUGGCGGGGGGCACCACCACUGGCCACCACGACGACAUUGGUCCACCGGACAGUCCAAGUGCCGGCAAAGGCACUAUUACCUAUCCCACGACCUGGAUGUCUGUGCCCGUGACUUUCACCUGCGGAUGGACGACAGUGCCUGGUGCCAUGGAUCCUGUUUGGUGGGACGAGUGGUUAUAGAGACCGGAACUGAACCAGAUUCCCUAGGGCGAGGGACCUUCAAAGUAGUAUUGGACGUGCAUCACUUCCAGAUCUCUGAGCUGACUGUGAAGGCCAGGAACAGCGAUACCGUUUGCGUAGAAGGCAAGCAGUCGGAUGACCGGGCGGAGAAGGGUCAACUUUGCAUAACCCGUGAGUUUACGCGAUCCUACAAGCUACCCCGUCACUACGAUGCCACCCAGGCACGGGCCACCUUCUCCGCAGACGGAAUAUUGAUGAUCACGGUGCCAGCACCUCCGAAACUGGACGACGUGGAGCGCCUGAUCGAGAUCGAGCCCACGGGCAACUACUUUGGCAGCGUGUCAGAUCCCACUGCAACCAAGGCCAUCGAGCAGGCGAAUGGAGACGGUGACGGUGGAGACACUGCUGACACAGCGAUGGACAAAUGAAGCCGGCGACGUCUGGCGGUUGCGCGGAGAUUCCGUUUUCUCAUCCCAAAGUGGAGGCGGAAGCCCAAAUGCGUUUAGGCCGCCAGAGGCAGUCGAUCGGCCGUAAGGGAGUUAGACAAUUUUAGGCGAAGAAGAAGGCGGUACACAUCCCAGUCACCUGGCACAUGCACAUUGGAGUUCUUACCAAAAGAAAAGUUACUUGGAUUGUUCUUAGAUUCCCAACUAGCUAGCACGUAGACCCUCGUUCGAAACGUGAGCAAAUAUGGCGCGGUCAACAUUGUUCUAGGUUUUCCUUAAGGUAGCUUCAAUAUAACGUUAAAGAGUUGAUAACUGCU